GAAAGUAAUCGAGAAAAACAAAAAAAGGAAAAAGCAAUGCACUUCUGCAAACCCGGCAAAUUUGACUAGUACUACUAGUAGAUCUAGAUCUAGACUCUAAUUCUAAUACUAAAAAAAAAAAUGUGAAUUCCUUGUUCAUUUGGUACAUUAAGGUUUCCUACCAGAGCUAAAGAAGAUGUACCCUUGUCACUGUUGUAAAUCAUCUCAUCGUGACCUACCUCUUGUAUCAACUUGGGGUCCAUCAGAUAGUGAUGACGAGAUUCUGGAUGAAACCAUUCUGUCAGAAUUGGGUGAAACAAGACUUGAUUGGUUUGACAAGUUAACAGAGGACUAUCUAGUACAACACAGUAAUGACAGUCACAGUCUUCUUACUUCUUCACCAAAUGUUUCUGAGGGCUGGUCACCAUUUCCAAAAGGAGGAUUCUGUUACCUACCAAGGGAGAAGAAUUUAUCUGUUGAUGUUACUCCACUCACUGCACUGUUUUCCUCACCAAAAAACUCACAGAAAGAUUCACAGCUCAGAGCUAGGAUCCAAGCCAUUCCAGACUCUAUUGUUACUAGGGACUUCCCGCUUCAAACUGAACUUAACUGGACAAGCUCUAUGGCUACACCCACACAAAAAUGUAUAGGUGACAGUGAAAACAAAGAAAAUCUUCCUGAAGGGGAACAACUCAAGGAAAGGAAAGUGAUUCACCGUCAACUUUUUUCACCUUCUGGAUCCUCUUUUUGUGAUGACAGCUUUUCUCUAGUGGGGGAUAAUUGGUCAGAGGGGGACCUAACAGUGGAAACAGAGAAGACAGUCAUCAGUGAAAAGGAGAUAAGCUUUGGCAGUGACAAAACACUGUGUGAACUUAAUAACCAAGAGGCUUCAUUGGCUAGCCCAGAUUUGGUUGAUAAUUGUGAUGUUACAAGUGAUACCAACUGUGAUAAUAUGAACGAAUGUGAUAAAAGACAAUAUAGUGAAAUUCCUGCGGUUAGCAGUCAUGAUAGACAUAUGCAUUCGACUGCAAGCAAUACCCUGUUGAUGGAGUCAGUUGAUAAUAAGUUUAGUCGUGAAUCAUGCCCAGAGGCUACUCUAUCACAUAAUAUUUCAUCAGAUUCCUGUGAAACCAAGAUUCACUUUUCUGACAGCAUGAAUGACCAGUGUUAUCUUGGCUUAUUUCAAGAUAGCAGUUUUGACUCAAUGCAAGAGCGGACAACAGAUGUUGAUGUUUCUGUGAUAAGCUGUGAAAGUGGCAACAAAUCUGAACGCAUUAAAGUAGCCACCGAUCAGCAGAAUGAUAUUAGCAAAAAGAAUAAAAACAGAGGCAGCGCUGAUAGCAGCCACAUUGAGAAAGUUUUGUCCAAAGUCUUUGUCAGUCAAGAAAGUGUAGAAAAUGUUACAAAGGACCCUGGGCAGAAUGAUGAAUAUCAGUGCAAUGCUUUUAACUCUUUAGGAGAAAUCAUCGCCACUAACUUUGAUCCUGACUGCAAUGUGUCGAGGAAGAGACAAACACUCGAAACAGUCCCACGGGCCAAAAGACAAAAAGUUGAGACUCCAUCAAAGAAAAGCAAAGAAAGUGUUUGCAUGGAAGAUGGUCACUUAAGCUGUGAGACGCCUAGGAGAUUGGAUGAACAUGUGUGUGAUGAGAGUUUCUUAGAUGAGAAUAAGCAGGACAGCCCAGAGCCUGCGAAGAAGAAAAAUGUGACCAUAUCCAUAUUAAAAAAUCCACUGACCCCAAAAAGUACUAACAAGAAAAAAGUUCAAUUUAAUCUUGACAAUAGUUCUGCUCAGAAAAGUUUUGUAGGUAGACCAGCUGCUGACUAUGUUGACACAUCAAAACUUCAAGCUAUCUCCACUGCCACUGUGUCUCAUUUAAUAGAAGCAUCUACUCCUGACUUAAUGGAUCCCUUAUGCUUGUCUAAGAGUGCUUCAGAGCUGGCUAUGUAUUUCUUUAAAGACAGUGAUAGCAGUGCAGAUGACAAGACAUGUCAUGAAAGUCCAAGUCCAUGUCAUGAUGUGGGAUAUCGUCAAGAAAAUCAUUCUGAGCCAGACAUGAAGCAAUGUAAAGCUGAUUUUGUCACUGACAGUACCACGUCUAAUAAAUCUGACUCUGAAGAUCACCAAACCCUUAGUCUGCUAAAUUUGACAAAGGACUCCAAACUUCUGUUGUCUCUCAAGGUUGAUGCUGACCUGUUAGAGGAAUAUAGCUUUGACAGCUCAUUUGAAGUCUCUCCAACAUUUUGUAGUCAAGUUGGUCAAACAAAAACCUCUGAGACCACAGAUGAUCCAAGUGCUUCUGCAAUAGAAAAACUCAAUGCUGAAACUGAUUCUGUGAGUGAUGAGAUUGACACUGCAAGCCAUAAUGAGAAAUCUGAACUAAGCUUAAACUUAUUGGCUGUGACAUUUAAAAUUAAAGCUGAGGAGAACCAUCUGUUUGUGAAGAGUCAAGUCUCUAGUUUUGCAGGCUUUGAUUCAGAUAAUGUCUGUGCUGCUGUGUCCAAUGUAGAGAAAGAAAUGGACAUGGAAGAUCCGCUGUAUGAGACUAGCUUUAAAAUAAAAUGUGAUAACACAAACAGAAGUGAGAUGUUGGUAGUGGCUAGUACUGACUUUCAACCAAUAUCUCCCAGAACUGAAUCUUUAGCUGAGACAUCACUUCAACACACUUGCAAGUCUACCACUAGCAGAGAUUCUGCCCAACAGGCACAAAGUCUUCAGUUAUCUACUUCUAAAACGUCAUGGAAACCAGAAGGCAAACAUUUGUCCAAGAAGCCCAAACGGUUUCAGUACCCUUCAGCUGACCAAAUAGCUAGCAUUGGACCAGAGACUGCUGUACCUGAAGACAGUACUUUCAAGCCAACUGCAGGCUUGGCUAUUUAUCCUCCAAAAGCAGACUUGAAACUACCAACACAUAAUAUAUCUGUCUUUCCCCUAAAUUUAGACACUAAUCAGUUACUUCAAUCAACUAAGAAUGAAUCAGUCAUCAACGUAACAAAAGGCUAUGAAAACCAAGAUCAAUAUAUGAUGUCUGCAAGCUCUAGUUUAGGUUUUUCUACAUUUUCUGAAGUUUACUCAAGAGCUAAUGAUGAUACCAAACAAGCAAUAAAACUAGAAGAUUGCAUUUCUUCAAAUGGUCAAUAUGAGUUAUCUCAUUCCCUGGAUAUGCCUGCAGUUAGUGAAUCUAUACAAGAGGUCAUUCAGCCAUCUCAUACUAAGUUAGAUUUACAAAAAUCAGUAAUAGUAAAUGAAUCAUCAACAUCAUCAAACAUAGACUCAUUGCCUUCAAAUCAACCCCAUCAUGAUCUAAGGUUUUCUGCUGAUCCAACAGACAGUGCUAAAAGUCAAUCUUGUCUUGUUAAGUCAACACAAAUGUGUCACACUGCUGUUGUGUUAGACUCCUCUGUACAAAAUCCUCACAGUGAGUCCUAUUCAGUAUCUCCAGGCUGUCAAACUCCUGAGUUGGCAAGUACAAUAGCACAGAGUUUCACAAGUGAUGUGCCGUAUUCACCAACACUAAAUACUUACAGCUCAAACAUUUCUCAACAGUUAUUAUUAACCAGGGAAGAUGCAGAAACUGUUACUGGUAAAUCCUGCGACGAGACAGAUUUAACUUCCACAAAUCAUCCUGAGAUAAGUCAUGAAAAGGAUUCCUAUUGUGAUGAAGAAACAAUGACCUCACAAAUCUGGACAGCUACAGAAUUUACUCAGAUUCUAGACAGCUCUAAUCUUCAGGAGAUAACACAUGACAAUAAUACCAGUGGCCAAAGCCAUAGUGAUGUAACUACUCUCCAUCCUGCAGGGAAAGACAUAUCACAUAACAAUGAAAGUUAUGAACAUAAAAAGAUUGCCAUGCUGGAUUCAUCUUGUCAUAGUGAUAGACUUGCUUCUGUGAUGCAGACAGAGACUAGAUCUCCCUGCGAUGUCCCUCACAAGUCAACUUCAUAUGCCACUGAUGGGGAGAUCAAAUCCAAGUUUAUUUCAGGUGUCACAGAGCUGAUGAAAGAAACAAAGUCUGACACCACUGAAGCAUGUUCUGUGAAACUAAAAGAUGUAAUCAAAGAACGUGAAUGUAAAGACUAUCAAAUCUGUAAAGGAUUUACUAUAGCAAGUGGUCAACUAUUUUCCAAUUCAGACACAUCCAACUUUAACAGUAUAUCUGUAGAUAAACAUGACUGUUUUCUUUCAUUGAGAAACAGAAAAAUAAAUUGCCAAAAACAACACCCUUGUGCAGGCUCUAAGGUUGAGGUAGACCAACAGAGUGUAAUGGUUGUUCCCCCUGGCAGUGGUGUGUGUAGAGAUUCAAGUUUUACAAUACCAUCAAUAACAACAGUAGCACUGUGUGGUUCUGAAGACAACUCCUUUUUUGAUCAAAGUAUUUGUAACAAUGAGAAGUAUAAUACAACAGAAUCCAAACAGUUUACAGUUUUGAACAAUGAAGAAGGUGUAGAUACAAAGUCAAUCAGUAAUGGCCUGUGUGGAAAUGUAACUACAGAUCACUCAUCACCUGGGCAGUUGACAUGCUCAGUCAAAACUGAUGCCAUGUCCAGUGAUAGUUUGUGUUCAGCUAGUUCCUUUAAGAUCCACUGCCUGAGUGAUACCAUGGCUGGAUUCUCUACUGCUGGGGGUAAAGAAAUCAAGUUGUCUGAAUCAGCUAAGACUAAAGCCAAGAAACUUUGGGAUUCCAUCAUCAUGGACUCUGAUCAUCAUGAACCAUUAACUUCAGAUCUACAUGGACCAUUAACUUCUGGCCAAGAGAAAGACUUCCUACAUGAAAGUAAUUCCACAGAUUUCAAGUGUGCAGGUCUCACUGAAACAAAAACUUCUUCUCGUGAUUCAUCCAUUGACUUAAAACCUAAAGGUUUCAGACCAUUCAAGCCACCAGCUAUCAAAAGAAAAAGGGAAUCUUCUACUAAAAGUCAAAUAGAGAUAUCUAGGAAUGUCACUGAACUACAUAAACAGAAAAUAGAUGAAUGGGAUGAUGAUUCAUGUUUAAGAGAUGUCAUUAUUAAUGAAACAAACGUCCCCACUGUACCAUCAUCAUGUACGACUUACCCAGACAAGCAAAAACAUGCAUGUCUUGCACCUGAAGUAUCAGACUUCUACCAAGUUUCUAAGAAUGUUGUUACCACUGCUGGGUUUACUACAGCAAGUGGUAAAACUAUGUCUGUCUCUGAUCAAGGUUUAUUAAGUGCUAAGAAACUUUGGCAAGAUUUGGAUCUAGAUGUUUUUGAAAUGACAUCUGAACCAGAUGUUAAACAUACUGAAUUUGAUUUCUCAGUGACUGACUCUGACCAUACAGUUCAUGAAACCCCUGAGAUUCAUAAUAAACUGUGUCCUAUGGUCAAUGCUCCUGUAACAAAGAGAGGCAAUAAAGCAGUAAACAAUGAUCUGUCACAAAAACAAAGAUUUUUAUCAAGUUCAACAGUUGAGGUUAAGGAAGAAGCCAUUCAAAAGAAAAGUUUGAGGAACAUUGAUGAUAAUACACAUAAGCACUCGCCAUCUACCAAGAAAGAAUGGAGUCCCAAUGAAGAAAUUAAUUUGGUCUCAGACUUUAGUUUUGAAAAUUGUGCUACAGCCAUGUCUUUUUGUGAUUCUGUGUCAGCCAGCUCAUCAGAUUCUACAAAACACAAUGCUGUCAAUCUGCCCCAUAUUGCUGGCGAUUGUGAUUCUGGGUUGCUAAAACCUUUGGUAGAGUACCAGGAUCUUGUAUCAAAGACUGUAAGUAAUAGUGCACAAUCUGAACACCCUGGUUACAAUUCAUUAAAACAAAAACAUUUGCCAGAGACAAACAAUAAAUAUAACAUUCAGUCUUGUAAAGCUGACAGUGAUGUGUCAUUGCUGUCGAACAGAACUUUGAACCAUGACAAUAUACGCACUGCCAUGAGUACUACCUUACUUUCUGUUACAAAUACAAUCUCCGAGUUAGAUUUACUUGUAACAACCAUGCCAGAAUUACAAGAACUGACACAUUCAACAGCCUCACACAUGAAACCAAAACUUCACUCAUCAGGUUUUUCCACUGCUUCUGGGUCAAAUGUCACAGUUUCAGAAGAGGCCUUGAGACAAGUUCAAACUUUCCUUGAAGAUAAUGCAAGUUCAAGCUUUAGAAAUGUACCCACUGACAAUGAACAGGAUAAAAUUACAAAACCUAAUAAUGGUACAGCGUGUGACCUUACACUGGUAAACAAGAAGGUUUCAAGAUUUCCUGGUUUUAGCACAGCAUCAGGAACUAGUGUUUAUGUAUCUGAUAAAGCCUUAUUACAUGCCAAGACAUUACUAGAAGAAUCAGACGAGGCUGUGGACAUGUAUAAUGAUGUUAGUAUGAAGAAAUUAGCUCCUGUAAUCAAAGUCUUUGACCAUGCACAUAGUUUGCUAAAUGACACCUCAAAAGAUGCAGUAGCCAGUACUACUCCAAAGAGUGAUGUAGGAACUAUAUCUGCUGGAUUUUCAACUGCAUCUGGUGCCAAAGUAAGUGUCUCAAAGAAAGCCUUGGACCAUGCACAUAGUAUGCUAAAUGACACCUCAAAAGAUGCAGUAGCCAGUACUGCUCCAAAGAAUGAUGGAACUAUAUCUGCUGGUUUUUCAACUGCAUCUGGAGCCAAAGUAAGUGUCUCAAAGAAAGCCUUGGACCAUGCACAUAGUAUGCUAAAUGACACCUCAAAAGAUGCAGUAGCCAGUACUGCUCCAAAGAAUGAUGUAGGAACUAUAUCUGCUGGUUUUUCAACUGCAUCUGGAGCCAAAGUAAGUGUCUCAAAGAAAGCCUUGAACCAUGCACAUAGUAUGCUAAAUGACACCUCAAAAGAUGCAGUAGCCAGUACUGCUCCAAAGAAUGAUGUAGGAACUAUAUCUGCUGGUUUUUCAACUGCAUCUGGAGCCAAAGUUAGUGUCUCAAAGAGAGCCUUGGACCAUGCACAUAGUUUGCUAAAUGACACCUCAAAAGAUGCAGUAGCCAGUACUGCUCCAAAGAAUGAUGUAGGAACUAUAUCUGCUGGUUUUUCAACUGCAUCUGGAGCCAAAGUAAGUGUCUCAAAGAAAGCUUUGGACCAUGCACAUAGUUUGCUAAAUGAUACUGUAAAAGAUUCAGUAUCUAAUACUACACCAUUGACUGAUGCAGCAUCUAUUUCUGAUGGCUUUUCAACUGCAUCAGGAACCAAAGUAAGUGUCUCAAAGAAAGCCUUGGUCCAUGUUCACAACACCUUGGAGGAUACAUAUCAUGAGCUGGAUUUAUCCACAGAUAUAGUUCAUCAAAGUACAGUUUCACCUUUUUCUGUUAGUGCUGGAUCCAAAGACCAAGUUGAUGCCUUAAAAGUAGACUUAAAAACAGUGACUGAUUCAAAAACACCUGUCACUGACAGAUUAAAGGCUAUUGUUAAAGCUUCUUCAGUCAAAGAGGAUGGCCCAAAUAACUUUUCUCUGACUCCAGUUAGUGCUACAUAUGAGGAAAUUCAUUAUGAUAGGCCUGUCACGAGAAGUGGUAAAAGGCUAUACCCAGUUAAACCACGAUCACUGACCAAUGAAUUCUGCCCCUCACCAGCAAUUCAAAGCACAAAACCAAGCUCUUGUUUCAAGCCUCCCAGCAAAAAAGUCAAACUCUCCUGUGAAAAUGAUCAGGAAGUUCCAUCGCCUGCACUCAGCAUGGGUCAGAAAUGUGAGACUGUCAGAAGUUCCUUUGUGUCACCCGCAUUCACAUCUCCAUCCGUUGCAGCUAGCCCCAAGAUAGCCUCAACACCUGAACUGGCUACAGCUGCUGUACCUAGCUUGACAGGAGAUGGUAACCAGUGUGUUAAGAAGACUGCCCAUGCUUCUGAGGUCAAGGACAGUGUUGACCUGGAAGAUGAUUUGGAGAACCUGCUUUUGUGUCAAGACUUUCAGUCCCUGCCACCUACUGCAAGUGCAAAGUUUCCUAAAGAUACAAGUCAUUCUUUAUCCAACGAAUCUUGCACAUUGAUGACUUGUGCCAGUGAGAAACAUGUUCCAGACAUUUCUGAGCUGAAGUCUAAGAACAAAAUUUAUAUAAUCUCUGAAGAUGUCCUGGAAGAAGAGAGGAUGAAACAGGAAAAGAUAAUUCGCUACAAGAAAAGAACGCAAGUUCUGCCCCUUUGCGGACGCUGGAUGAAGCUGCGUAAACAAAAAGGAACUCUACAAAAAUUGAGUGACUUGGAACCAUCAGUGGGACUAACUAGAGAACAGCUGAUGUCAUUGGGUGUGUCUGCAUCUACAUUGGAUAUUAAUAGUUUGACUGCCAGAGAGUUUAGAUUUGACCUCAGACGUUUUCACCCUGCUCUCAAUGCUGCUGUCCUCAUAGGGGAUGGUGCACUUUUGGUACCUGACAGAUGUGGCUAUGCAGGGGUCGAGGAAUUUGUCAGGGCUUUCCUGACAUUAGAUAGUGUGGACGCAAGUCUAGUGGAUGAUAACUGGAUAGGGAACCACUACAGGUGGAUAGUGUGGAAACUGGCUGCCUAUGAAGUCAAUUUUUCUCAACAUUUGGCUGGCAGAAGCCUGACACCAGACAAUGUUAUGUUACAACUAAAGUAUCGCUAUGAUAGAGAGGUGGACGCUUGUGAAAGAUCUGCUUUGAAAAAGAUUUUAGAACGGGAUGACACAGCAAGCAAGAGGAUGGUCUUGUGUGUGGCUUCUAUUAUCUGUACAUCUGAUGGACAGUACUGUGUUGAAUUGUCUGAUGGAUGGUACUCUGUCAGAGGUCAGCUUGACCAAAGACUGACGGAUCUGAUUAGCCGAAAGAAGAUUAUUACAGGAGUCAAAAUAAUUACAAGUGGGGCUGAAUUAGUUGGAGGUCAAGAAGCUUGCAGUCCACUUGAGGUAAAAGAUGACAUUGCUCUAAAACUACAUGGGAACUCCACUCGUCCAGCACCUUGGCAUGCUCGCCUUGGCUUCUGUUGUCCUCCCUCACCACUGUGUGUCUCUCUCAAGUCCUUGUGUCCUGAUGGGGGGCACCUGGGAGCUGUGGAUGUAGUCUUGGCAAGGAUUUACCCAGUUAUGUAUAUGGAAAAACUGAAAGAUGGAGGCUGUGUGUUUCAUACUUCUGAAGAGGAAGAUAAGCUACGACAAAAACAUGAAGACCAAAGGGAGGCAGAGAUGGAAAAGAUGUACUUAUCUCUGCAGAAGGAAAGAAAAGUCAAGUGUAAAGGCAAAAAACAGAAUCUGAAAAAGCUGAGUAGGAAAGAGAUAGAGGCUUUGUGGGAUGGCCAGGAAAUAGCUCAUGCUUUAGAGAAUGCUUUAAAUUCAGAAGAAAUUCAGCAAUUAUUAAGUUCCAGUCAGACUAACAGACUACUGGAGUACCGACAGAGAGAGACAGACAGACACCAAGAGGAGAUCAAGAAACGCUUGAUGGAGGCAAUGGCUGAAACUACUGUAAGAAAUGUCACUCCAGUUCUAAAACUGAAGGUCAAUGGAGUGAGUGCAGUUGAUAUUGAUGACAGUGUCAGUUGUCUAGUGACUAUUUGGAGACCAGGGUCAGAGUGGACCAGUAUGGAAGAAGGUAGAAGAUAUAAACUAUACAACAUGGCUGUAUCAGGAGUCAGAGGUCGCAGUGGUGCAGGUAAGAUCUCCUUGACAGCAACAAGACAGUCUAGAUUGCAGUUGUGUUCAAUCAAUGACAACUUGUUGGAUAUGGUAUAUGAACCAAGACAGGCUUGGAGUGUAUCAGAACUAACUAGCACAAUGCCCAUGGCGAAUGAGUUUGACUUUGUAGGAGUUGUAGUCCAGCUGAUUCCUUCAUCAAGGUUGUCACAACCAACAUUGUUGUAUGCAGCUGAUAAAAAUGGGGAAUUUCUGUGUAUCAAAAUUUGGUCAAGUUCUCAAACCAGUUCUUUAAAGUCUAGUCAAGUCUUUGUGGCUUACAACCUGGUCUUGAGUACAUCAUCUCAUAACAGUACUGGUCAGUCUCUGCUGACUGCAGACACAAGGUCAGACCUAACAACAAUAACAACCAAUGGUCAUUCCAGCAGAUAUUCAGAAGGGUUCAGUCAAAUGCAAAUGCUGUGUAAGUGUCCUGACUUUGUGAUUGGUCUCAAGUCUGAGCUGGAACGUUGUCUCUCUUCACAUCAACCCAAGACUGUCACUAAGACUUUACCAGAUGCUCAUUUCAGUCAUGCUGAAGACUUUCCAGUUGACAUUGUUGAUAAAAUCUUCAGCCCAAUGAGUCAGGCUGGAGGCUGUAGUUCUAACAGUAAGUCAAUGUCAACAGCAAACAAGUCAGUGUGUGUUUUCAUCAACAAUGCUGAGAAGCAAAGAGGAUACACAAGCAGUAACUCAUUUGAAGCCUCAUCUGAUGCCACCAGCAGCUUACAGAGCAGCUCACUAGAUCAACGUAAACAGCUGCUCAGAGACAAAAUGGCCAAACUUCUAGCCUAUGAUCAGCCUGCCCCACUUGGACAGUUACCAUUAGGUGGCUCACCAGCCUGUAAGAAGGAAUUCAAGUCACCAAGUACUAAGAAAACUUCAUGAGAACUCCUGUGCUUAUAUGUAAUUAACUCAAUGAACAGUAUUUCGAAAAUGUGAAUAGGUUGAACGUUUUUGUAUAAAAAUAAAGAAAAGAAAAUUCAGUCUCUGCUUAUA